AUGCUCACCAAAAAUUUUGGCGAGGCCGCGAGGAUAUCCUCAGCCAAAAUUUGUGUCUGCCAUGGAGUGCUGCUUGGCUUCCUUAUUGCGCGCGCCAUCCUUAUCAAUCGUCUUGCCCGGCAAGUCUUCACGGCGCUCUUCUUCUCUCCACCUCCGGCAGCUCGUAGGCUUCCAUCCUUCUCGCUGCCAGAAGAUGUUUGUCCCCGGGUUUGGCGAAGCAUCUCCAGAAGCGAAGGCCGCUGCGAACCUUCACCAUUUCUUCACCUUCGUUGCUAUCAAAAUCGUUCUCUCACAGCUUCAGAGUUACAAUCGGGAAGCGUACGAGGAAUUGAUGGAGUUUGUAAGCCGCAAUUCCUUGAAUGAUGGCGAUCAGUUUUGCAGAAGAUUGAUGCGGGAAUCUCCAAGGCACAAAGGCUUAGUCCAGAAACUUUACAAGAGCAUCUUCCUUUUUACCCGUCAUCAAAUCUGGCUUCAUGUUUGUAAUUUUCAUACUAAUCAGAUCUUAAUUUAUUUUGCAGCCCUGCGCAUUAUGGAGGUUCGAUCUGCAUAUUCUAAGAGAGAUUUUGAGUGGGACAACUUGCAGAUGUUAGCCCAUAAGAUGGUUGAUGAAUCCAAUACAAGGCUUAUGAGAGACUAUGUAAAGGAAACGAGCCACAUAGAGGAUAACUAGGGAGGAACCAGUAUUGUUACAUGAACUUAAGCAUGCUAAAAGGCUUGUGUGUGCGUAUAUAUUCUCUGUCAAUUUGAGGGUACUGUAAUACAUGCUUGCCAUGUAAUUAGUGCAGGAAUGCAGUGUACAAUCCUUGUCAAAGAUACAAAGUUACUAAGUUUAUUUAGAUGCUGUGCUGAAACAAAUGAUUGAAGAGUUCCCAUUUUUUACGUUUUAGCUC